UCUCUUCGCCUUAGCGUCUUCCAAUCAUCUCCGAGUCAUCUACAUCAACGGCAGAGACGCCACACAUCAACUAGCCUAGUGCCCGAAGCUUCCUUCCUGGUUUUCCGAGUCGAACAUGCCCGAACCAACAGCCGCACAGCUCAAGGACGAAGGCAACGAGUUAUUCAAGAAGCAAGACUACAUCGGGGCGAUCAUCAAAUACACCGAAGCCAUCGCGUUGGAUGAUAAGAAUGCUGUUCUAUAUGCAAACCGCGCUGCUUGUAACCAUGCCCUGAACAAAUAUCUAGAUGCUGUGGACGAUGCGCAUAUGGCUACAGAGAUCGAUCCGGGCUAUGCAAAAGCGUGGUCGCGAUUGGCGGCAUCCAGAGACGCGCUUGCGGAUUGGAGGGAAAGCGCUCGUGCUUGGCAGAAGGCGCUGGACGCGCUGCCAAAAACUAAUCUUAGCCCCGUAGAACGACAACAAAAGAAUCAGUAUAGUGCUAAUCUGAAAGCAGCGAAUGCGCGUUUAAAUGGGCCGCCUAUCGUCCCUCUUUCGAUGAAUGAGAAAUUGGGCAAGUUCCCUUGGCAGAUCGCGACGGAUAUGCUUCCUGAGCUCCGGAGAGCGGGUCCUGCGAAAGUGUCUAGCAGCGCUUGGGUUAUCGCACUUGCGUAUGAGGAAUUCAGCAAAGGGGUAGAAGUGAUGAAAGGAAUGAAAAUAAUUCCUCAGUCUGAAAAGCCAGGUACUUUUGUGCACCGCGGAAACCUAGAGGGGCUGACGGACCUGAGUAAUGGUUUUAUGCGUGACGAUCGCGUGUUCCACAUCAAUCAACCUAAUUGGAUUGAAAUGUACAAUCAACAAAUCUAUUUCGAAGUUACGGCUCGCAAGGCUUGGGAUUCUGAAGGACUCGAGACCGUCAAGGAACUGGCGCAGAAACGCUUGAAGGAGAAUGGUUGGGAUGAUGUACGCCCCGCAUUGGCCGUGACUGUCCGUGCAUGGAUAAUGAGAGCUGCAUUCGGUUUAAGAGACGAACCUCAGGCUGGUGUCCAGUAUUACAGACGAGCUCUCGACUUGGUCGAAUGGGGAAGAACUAUCUGGAAGGAUGUUCCCAAGUCCAGCAGAGGAGCCAUUUUCGAGCAUUCGUUCUUGAUAGGCAUCCGGAGUAUGUACCUCAAGAUGUUCAUGAACGCUUACACCGAUGACCCUGGCUUGGACUCCAAGUUCCCUCUUGAACAGCUAAAGGAAGAAGCUGAGGACCUUCUCAAAGAGACCGAGAUAGCUGUACAGACACGUAGUGAUGAGCCGGUUGACCCCGGUUUCAUAUCAUCUUUCAUCGUUUACCCUACUGGACUUGCUCACGCGAUGCUCGGAUUCUAUCACGUGCAAAUGGCCCGAUACGCUACUAAUCUUGUGGAAAAAAUGUUUAGCUAUGUGAAAGGGGCAGGGGAGUACACUCACGCAUCCAGCAAAUAUCCCGAGGAUGACGAAUUACGUGCAUGGUACCUAAAUUGUACGAUGGAUUGCAUGCGAAAUGCCGGCGUCCCGAUUGAAAACUUCCUCAUGGUAGCGACCGGCUUACGGGAUACUGUUCCCAAGAUGAAGAAAAUAUGGGGAGUCUCUGAGCUGGCGAUGGGUGGCAGGGACCAGAAGAUACAAGCGAAUCUGGAUAGGGCGGAUGAACUCAUGAGGCGUGUCGCUGACAAGACGUUGACGCUCGAAGAUCCUGUGCCUUUGUGAUCGCGAUUCAUUCUUUCAUCACGGGUUUCAUGGAUGCUUGUACU